GCGGUAUUGAAUAUUCAACAAAGAAUUUAGCUAAAUACAUUUCGUUAUCAUCAACUCAGUGUGAGGUCUUUCUUCAUUUGGUUUCAAGAGAAAGUUUUUUUCCUUUUUCUAAUUUACGUUUUGAGAUGGGUUGGUGGAGGAAGAAGAAGAAGCCUAAAUCCGAGAUAGCUUCCGAAAGAGGAGCGAAGCUGUUAAAAGAUCUGAUCGAAUGCUGCGAUGGCAAAUCCAAUCCCAUCAAAUUCUUUUCUGCUGAUGAGAUCCGCAAAGCCACCAACAAUUUCGGCGUGUCUAAUCUUGUUUCCGAAUUAUCUCAUGAUUUUGACUACAAAUGGUAUUCAGGCAAGAACGAGAACCAUGACAUGAUACUUGUCAGGAAAGCUUUUUCCCAGUCCGUCUACUACAAAGAUACAUUUUUCCGCGACAUAGCAGUUUCAUCAAUGGUGAGUGGUCACAAAAACUUCCUGAAAUUGAUUGGAUAUUGUCUUGAGUUUGAAGAGCCAGUCAUGGUUUAUCAUGGUGUCAAGAAACAUUAUCAUUUAGAAUCAAGUGAACAGCCGUGGAAAAGGAGAAUGAAGAUAGCAGAGGAUAUCGCUACUGCUUUAGCUUACCUUCACACCGCCUUCCCAAGGCCCUUCGUAUAUAGGUGUUUGUCUCUUACGAAUAUAUUAUUGGAUGAAGAUGGUGUCGCGAAGCUGAUGGAUUUCUCUUUCUGCGUCUCAAUACCAGAAGGAGAAACAUUUGUCCAGGUUGACUAUAUAGCGGGAACAGUUGAUUACUUGAAGCCUAAUUACUUGAAGCAUGGUGUAGUCUCAGAGGAAACGGAUGUCUUUGCCGUUGGACAUUCCAUGCAAAUGCUUCUAAUGGGGGAAAAAAUAUUUGAUAGGAUUAUGAGAAGACCAUUUCCUACAUCAAAAUUUAUGGAAGAGCCAAAAAUGGAUGAGAUUGCAGAUCCAGAAAUGGGCGAAAUUUCAGAAGAAGAGCUUUGUCAAAUGAAAGCUUUCCUAUUGCUCUCACUGAGAUGCACCGGUCAUGUUGGGGAAGUUCCAACUAUGGUGGAAGUGGCUAAAGAACUAAAGAGUAUUCAAAGAUGUCUUCACAAUGACACUUUUUCUCCUUCAGUUGAAACCCAAUUCGACUCUCAUCAAGACAUUUCUUCCUCGGUAAUCCUCUCAAACCAAACUAAAGACACUAGGGCAUUGCUAAGAUGUAUUGCCUGCCACGUAUUUGACGAAAUGUUUCAAUGGGUUAUGAUGAAUUGGUUUCGUUUUUUCAGAAGAAAUCGAAGAAUAUGCUGAAAAUAACUUCGGUUCUUGUUUUUUUAUUCAGACAUUAUCAAUCGCAAAGCUUUAGUUUCUUUACCUUUGUCAGAUCUUGUUGGGAAAAAUGACCAAAGAGAUUAAGAUGGCACCGAGACAACUAGAAAGGCAAGCAUAUAUAAGUAUUUUUGUGUAUUUGUGAAGAGAACAGAACAAGAGUAGUUAACUUUGUAACUCUUUUAUUGCUUACUUCAGAUGAUUACAAAUGCCAAGCACUUCUAACAAAUGUACACAAAACUUCUAUUUCUUUUUAUGUGACUUUUGCCUAUCAAAGCUUGAUUCAUUUUCUUUCUUUCUAAACCUAAAUCGAAUCAAUCUUUGAACGGUUGUGCAAAGGAUAGACAAUUAAUAAUUCGAAUAGCGUUGUAAUCUUCAAUUGUAUAAUGGUCUUCCUCUUCUUUCUUCAUUCAUGUAAUCGCUUUG